AUGAAUAAGAGCAGAGAUAAAUCUUUUCAUUUCUCAGAAACAUCAAAUGAUAUCUGGAAAAGAUUCUAUGAUAAUGCAUCUAUUCCCACAGUUGAUAAUACAAGUUGUAAAGUCACUGAUAACAAGCACGUCUUUGUUGAUAACGCUUUUUUCAAAGAUUUUAUUAAUGAAGGUGUUAUUCGAAUCACUAAUGCAACUGUUGAUACAAAAGUUCUCGUCUCAACUUCAUCUUUCUUUAAAUGUUCCUCUAAUGAAAAGGAUGGAGGAUCCAUACUUAUGAAAUCAUCAGGAUCAUUCGUUCAAUACAAAGUCUGUAGUUAUGAAUCUAAGAUAACAGGAUCAGCUUCAAAUUGA